AUGGACAGCAUUCGCACCUGUCCGGGAAGCAACGGACCAACUGACGAACCAAGAUCUUCGUGCCCAUCUGUUCGACUUGACAGUUCUUCCAGCGUGUUAGCGGAUUUUGUUUGUUCGGCGGAGAUGUGGGCAGACACCGCUGCUACGUCUAGGAAGCUAUUUACUACCCACCGAGUCCCUGAGAGAUGUCUUCUGAAGUUUAACCGGCGCACACGACACCUGGCCGGUCUUCGCGAAUAUAUAUCGAAAGCAAAACAUAGAUGGGCCGGUCACGUCAUGAGAAAAAUCGACGAUAGAUGGACCAAAAGAACGCUAGAGUGGAUCCCAAGAGGUGCUAAACGCCCUCGAUGGAGACCGUCAACGAGAUGGGGUGACGUGUUCGCCACACGAAUGGAGCAGCUGAGAGCUCAGCUGGAUACGGUUGAAGGGCCUCGUCAACGUCAUUCAUGA